AUGGCCGUUACUCAACUCAUGUACCACCCCACUGUUCAGGCCCGAGUUGGCCAAGUGCUGGCUCCAGCCAUUACAGUCGAGCAUCCGGCCAUGGAUCCAACUGCCUUCUAUUACUUUGCAACCCCUGUGCUUCUAAGCGCUACCGGCACCGUGGUUGAGGGCCUCCUCCAGGGGAACAGAGCUGUGACAGGCAUGCCAAUCAACGGGGGUGCCGCCAUCCAGUACACUUUAACCGAUCUGGUCAUCUUAGCCCCCGGCACAUACUACCUUCGCCUAGAUCUGUACGGGAUGUCUACUGGAGGCGCAAAUCUUGUGGCACAGACCAAUCCGGCCCUGGUUACGGUGUCCAACUAG